AUGAACUGGCAGCAAGCGAUUCAACCCGAUGGCUAUGCCAAUGACACCACCGAUCUGUCGGGACUUUUCCCUUCCGAACAGGCGACAGGAUAUAGCACGCAAGAUGUCUUCCUCGGCACGUUCCUCAAAGUGCCUGUGCAGUACGAGCGCUCCACGACAUUCGACUCAGCAUGCAGCCUUCCCUCAAGAACGCCCGGCUUGAAACGCCGAAGCUGCGACCACGAGCGCGAACAUGAAGCCACAGACCUCGUCCGCACAGAGAGCAAGAAAGCGAAGAGACAUGUCGCAGGGACACGAGCUGAGAAGACCGACCACGGCUACUUCUGUACACAUCCCGACUGCGACCGCACGUUCGAUCGUCUAUGCGAGGCGAAGAAACACUUCAAGGCGAAACAUACACCGCUCCAGCUGAAGCCUCAUGGCUGCACGAUCGAUGGGUGCGAUUUCAGAGGCAUGUGGCCGAAGGACAUUCGUCGACACCUCAAGCAGAAGCAUGGAGUCGUAUCGCCAACGAUGCCGACGGCUAUCGCAGUGGACACUAUGAACAUGCCCACUAUGAACGUUUCGUAUGAAGGCGCUCUCGCCAACUCCCCAUUGGAGAUCACCCCCAUCGAAGAAGAGAAACAGAAAGCCCCAAACAUGGCGACACUGGCACAAGCCUUCUCAAUGUUCAAGAGACUGCGCAUUCGCUCGCAGUCCAGCGACGAUACCCCGAACAAGUUGAUCAUGGUCACCAAGGACCAGAAGAACUUCCGCGACGUGGAUGUUACUGGCGCAAACAUAUAUAUUGUUCAUUAA